GAAGUGCAUUGGAUGGUGUGCAAAAAUGAAAGUGGACAAAUAUAGUGGGACGGAGGGAGUAAUAGCUACAUCAUUUACGUAUAUGGGUUUUCUCUCCUUACCCUCACAAAGUGGGGAGAGCUUGGCUCCCUGGGCUGGCCCUUUAUUCAGUAUAAUAGUAUAUACAGAGUAUCUAGAAACUGCAAUUUUUUUCCAAUUUGGGGUGUUGGAAUAUUGGAACCUCCUUUUUUUCAGGAGGUUGUAUCAGGUGCAGGACUGAAGCUUGUGGAAACAGAUGAGUACAGUGAAUCAGGGCGGGGCAUCUAUCCUGAUGGCCUGUACAGGAUUUUGCUUCAAUUUCAUGAACGAUACAAACAUCUUAAUGUCCCCUUCAUUAUAUCUGAGAAUGGUGUUUCAGAUGGGACAGAUGUAAUCAGACGGCCAUACAUGUUGGAACAUCUAUUGGCAAUUUCUGCAGCCAUUGUAGCAGGUGUCCCAGUACUUGGUUACUUGUUUUGGACAAUUUCGGAUAACUGGGAAUGGGCUGAUGGAUAUGGUCCCAAGUUUGGACUUGUAGCGGUUGACCGUUUGAAGGAUCUUGCUCGGAUCCCACGUCCUUCAUACCAUCUGUUUUCGAAGGUUGUCAGAUCAGGUAAGAUCACAAAGGCAGACCGAGAGAAUACAUGGAAUGAACUUCAACUUGUAGUGAAAGAGGGAAAAACGAGAGAAUUCUACAGGGCGGUGAACAAGCAUGGCUUGAUGUAUGCAGGAGGUCUUGAUGAGCCUGUAAGGAGACCAUAUGUGGAACGCGAUUGGCGGUUCGGGCACUACGAAAUGGAAGGUCUACAAGAUCCCUUGAGCCGAUUUUCACGAUUUAUUGCCCGGUCCUUCACCAUCAAGAGAAAAGCAAAACCUAAGACAGUGAAUGAGACUCUUGAGCCUCUUUUGUCCUUACCUUGAUGCUCCUUCCUCUUACAAGUUCUGAAAAUUCCAUCACAAAUAUAUUCAUGAAGUUGGAUCAAGGUUGGUAAUCUUCCUUGGCCAAAUUAAUUUAGUUUCUUUAUUAUCUUCAACCCUUUUAUUUGAAGAAGAGUUAUGUACUUCGUAGAGUCUGUACUUUAUUGCUGCAGUGUAUAGCUUCCUGCGUUUACAUUUA